AUGUCAGAGACUCUUAUAACAGGACAGACGUCGGAGGAUCUGUUGGCUGACUUUGAGACUUUGCUGAACUCUGGGAGUAUCAACCUGGGCGAGGACCACCAGAUAGUCAUCAUCACCAGCCCCAGCAAUGAGGGCCUCCACCCAGCCGCCGCCCCCACCAGCACGGGAGAGAUCCUGCUGUUCGCCACGCCGCAGGGACCCGCCGACGUUGGGCUCCAGGACAAGAGACGGCCGACCCUUGGAAGACCUCCGGUAAAGAGGAAGUUGGACCUCGAUAGCGACCACCAGUAUGUCAGCACCACUCGACCAUCCAUAGGCCAAGCACCGCCUUCCACACCUGCCCCUCCCAGAGUUCCUCGAAACACGGCGGAGAAGUCACGGUAUGACACGUCCUUGAACCUGACCACAAAGCGCUUUCUCAACCUGUUGUCCCAGUCAGCUGACGGCGUGGUAGACCUGAACUGGGCCUCGCAAGUCCUGGACGUCCAGAAGAGACGAAUCUACGACAUCACCAACGUUCUGGAGGGAAUCCAGCUCAUCUCUAAGAAGUCCAAGAACAACAUCCAGUGGCUCGGUAACCGUAUCGACGGGGCGUUGGUCGCCCGCCACAAGGAGCUGCAGAGGGAGGUGUGCGACCUCACGGAGGCCGAGGAUCAGCUAGACGAGCUCAUUUCCAAAUGCAACCUCCAGCUCAAACUGCUCACAGAGGACCCACAGAACAAGAAGCUGGGAUAUGUGCGCUGCCAGGACUUGAGGAAGUCAUUUGAUUCGCCAGACCAGCUGGUCAUGGUGAUCAGAGCUCCACCAGAGACUCAGAUGCAAGUUUCAGAACCCACCGAGGCUUACCAGGUGUCACUGAAGAGCUCGCGGGGUCCCAUCGACGUCUUCCUCUGCCCAGAAGACUCGGGCGUCUGCAGCCCCGUAACGGGAAGCAGUCCCUCGAAACCCAACGCCGACCCAUCCCUGGCCCCGCCUCCCACGCAUCCCGCAGACCAAUCGCAAGCCAGAACCUCCACGACCGCCCUGGAAUUGUCCGUAUCAUCACCAGCGUCCACGUCGUCCACGGCGACGGCAGCCUCCCAGCACGACCCCUCGUCCCUGGUGUUAGGUGGCGACACAGAAUCUCUCCUGGGAGCCGACCCGUUCUCCGGUCUUGGAGACAUGCCCGACUUUGACUUCUCACCCCUCUCCUCCACGGACUUCCUGAACGGAGAGAGCCUCCCUCUGCCAUUGGACGGUUUCAUUAACCUGUCCCCUCCUCACAGUCACGACUACCACUUCGGUCUGGAGGACCACGAAGGCAUCAGUGAACUGUUCGACUGUGACUUUGGCGACCUAUCGCAAGUUUUGGGUGAUAGUUAAAUGAAAAAAAAAAGAGGAGGAAGAGAAGGAGGAAGGAAGACUGGACAUCAACAUUUUAUGGACAAAGCUUUGUCAUAAACCCAUAUUUUUUUAAUUGUAGGUAAUGGGGAAAAUGUUUGGUGCAGUAAUCGCCUGUCAUCCUGGAAAUACCACCCCAACUGAAGAUCUUGGAAAGACCCCCAAAUUGUACAGCACUUCUCUUUGGCCAUUUAAAAAAAUUUUAGACCAAGAACUUAGCUUUAGUAUAGCUAUUUAAAUUAUUUAUAUGAAUGUUAUUUUGAUAUUUUGUACCAAGUGAGUGA